AUGUCCUCUGAAGAUAUAAGUAAAAUAUUCCCUGGAUUCUAUAUUGGAUCACUUGCAGCAGUGAAGAGAGAUACACUCGAUGAGUAUCAAAUUACACAUGUACUCUCUAUAAUGAAUGGCUUCAAACCUAAAUGGCCAAAGAUGUACAAGUUUCAUGUUAUUGAUAUAUAUGAUAUGGAUGAUGUAGACAUUAAGAAAUACUUUGAACAGACAUUCGAGUUCAUUGAGGAGGGUAGAAGGGAUGGUGCUGUGCUGGUACAUUGCUUUGCAGGAAUGUCAAGAUCGGCAUCAAUCUGCAUUGCCUAUCUGAUGAAGAAGCUCAAGAUUGACUACUCUGACGCACAUGGUCUGAUGGUCGAUGCUCGUCCAAUCGUCUAUCCCAACCCUGGCUUCGUGAGACAACUCAAAGAGUUUGAGCAAGAGCUCAUUGUACAGCGCAAGAAGGCCGAGAAGGCUGCUCUCAAGGCCGAGCGAGCUGAGAAGGCUGAGAAAGCAGAGUCACUCAUUGUGGAGCAGAUCGAGUCACUCACUGUCAAUGAUCAAACAACAACAAAGACGACCACGACGACAGUAGUGGCAGCAGAGAGCCUCUUUGACGACGAUGAGGAGGAUGCCGAGGAGUUUAGAUAUUGCUGCCGCAAGUGUGGCAGCGACUUAUUUGUAAAGAGCGAGAUAGCAGAGCAUCAGAAGGGCGAUGGACAGGAGUCAUUCAAAUGGUCGAGACGCGAGCGAACUGGUCACAAGGACGAGUGCACUAGUUUCUUCUUGUGCGAGACAGAGUGGAUAUCAAAGAUAACAAUGACACCAGAGAACGAUGACAAUAGGAUAGUCUGUCACAACGCAAAGUGCAAGGAGAAGUUGGGAUCAUGGUCAUGGAGUGGAGCUCAGUGCUCGUGCGGUGCAUGGGUUGCGCCAUCAUUCCAGAUUCCAAAGUCUAGAGUGGACGAGAAGCGAGUCAAUCCCGUCGCCGCCGCCAACACCAAGACCACCGACAGUGUCCAGCAACAGCAACAACAACAGCCUCUUCAACAAAGUGGG